UCUCCCUCAGACUCUUCAAUUUUUUUUUUUGUUUUAAUUUUUUUCUACCCCUUCCCUUAUUUAUAUUCUGUUUAUAGCUAUGAAUAUUUUUUAGGGGGAAAGGGGACUUUCUGGAGGAUUUGCCAAUCAUUUUGGACAAAGAAAUGAGAAUUAUUUUGCUUCCCCUCCCCCCAGUUAGGUUGAUGUUUUCCCUGAGGUGAUUUUUCAAUAUUUUUAUGAUUUUUGAGGUAAAUUGUGAAUCCCACGUUGCCUUUUGAAUAUCUCCGGAUUGGGUCUGAGGGAAUUUCCCUGUUUUUGUGGAGAAUUUGGGCCCCCGGAGGUCCGGAGCAAGCGAGGCGGCUGAGCUGAGGGGAGAGGCUGCAGCCCAUGUCGUCGCCGCUCAGGGACGACGAGGAAGAGGAGGAAGAAGAAAUGGCCGUGUCCGAAGAAGGGGACGGCGAGAAGGAGGAGGAUGAUGAAGAUGAAGGCGCGGAGGAGGAGGAAAGAGAUGAAGACGACGAAGCUCAGGCGACACGAAGCCGCCAUUGCAGCCCCAGCUUCUAUUUCCCGCCAACAGCCUCCAGGGAGCCGGGGAGUGUUGAAACCGAUUACACACCACCGCCGACCGUUCCAGCUGCCGCAGAUCAGGAUGAGGACAAUGUAUCUCCUGUGCCUUCUCCCCAAGAACCCGUUACAAAGAAGAAGAGAGGACCUAAGAAGAAAAUAAAAGACAAAGUGAAAAUACCAAAGGCCAUUAAACCUCGCAAGCGCAGAAAGCCAGACAGUGAUGAAGACUUGCGCUGGGAUGAGGGUAUUGGGGAUCAAGCCUCUCCUGACAGUGACAGUGAGCUUGGUGGAAAGAAGAGAAAGAAGAAACACAAAGAAAAGAAGGAAAAGAAAACCAAAAAAAGGAAAAAAGAAGAGGAGGUGGUGGUACAGCGCAAGGUGGAACAAAAGUCCUCAGCAGCACUCUUGUCCAGUUGGGGUUUAGAGGAUGUAGAUUAUGUCUUCACAGAUGAAGAUUAUCAUACACUGACCAACUACAAGGCCUUCAGCCAGUUUAUGAGGCCUCUCAUUGCUAAGAAGAAUCCCAAGAUUCCCAUGUCCAAGAUGAUGACAAUUCUAGGUGCCAAGUGGCGAGAAUUCAGCGCAAACAACCCUUUCAAAUCCUCACCCGCGGCAGUGGCAGCCGUUGCAGCAGCAGCCGCAGCAGCAGUCGCUGAGCAAGUAACUCCUGUGGCCCUCUCCACUAUGGUCACUGUUACUCAGGUGUUGCCAAUGCGCAGAGCCAAGACUAAGGAGGGAAAAGGACCUGGGCAUAAGAAGCCGAGCAAGAGCCCACGAGCGGCAGAGCCAAAGAAGGCUACCAAAAGGAAAAUGGCGCCUCUGAAGAUCAGGCUGGCAGGUGUGAAGCGCAAGACUGGCAGUUCUAGUGAAGAGAUGGAUGUCUGUGAGGCAUCAGACUUGGAGAACUCAAGUGUCCACAGCUCGUCGGCUCCUUCCGACAGCUCUGGAAGAGUAAAGAGGAAAAGAGGAAGACCUGCAAGGAGAAAGAAGAAGGUUGCAGUUGCAGUGGAGGAGGGGGUGUCUACAGGUGAAGGCUAUGAGACUGACCAUCAAGAUUACUGUGAAGUCUGUCAGCAGGGAGGUGAGAUUAUCCUGUGUGACACAUGCCCGAGAGCAUAUCACCUGGUGUGCCUGGAACCGGAACUAGAACGGGCACCACAGGGCAAGUGGAGUUGCCCCCACUGUGAGAAGGAAGGAGUGCAGUGGGAAGCCAAGGAGCUGGAAGAAGAAGAGAUGGAAGAUCGCAAAAGGGAGAGGCGGGAGGAGGAGGAUGACCACAUGGAGUUCUGCCGUGUUUGUAAAGAUGGAGGGGAGCUGUUGUGCUGCGAUGCUUGUGUGUCCUCCUAUCACAUCCACUGCCUGAACCCUCCACUGCCUGAUAUUCCACACGGAGAGUGGCUCUGUCCACGCUGCACGUGCCCACAGCUGAAGGGCAGAGUGCAGAAGAUCCUGCACUGGCGCUGGGGGGUACCCCCGGAAGGAGUGCCGCCUCCUCCUCAGCCUCAAGAUGGGGCACAAGACGAGGAUCCGCCUCGGGCCUUGCAAGGGAGAUCAGAGAGGGAGUUCUUUGUGAAGUGGGCAGGAAUGUCGUACUGGCACUGCAGCUGGAUAACAGAGCUACAGCUGGAGAUCUUUCACACAGUCAUGUACCGCAACUUCCAGCGGAAGAACGACAUGGACGAGCCUCCUCCCUUUGAUUACGGUUCCGGGGAGGACGAGGGCAAGAGCGAAAAAAGCAAGGAUGCCGCCUACUCCGAUUUGGAGGAACGAUUUUACCGUUAUGGCAUAAAACCGGAGUGGAUGUCUGUCCAGAGAAUCAUCAACCACAGUGUGGAUAAGAGGGGUAACUACCACUACCUGGUGAAGUGGCGAGACCUGUCAUACGAUCAGUCCACGUGGGAGGAGGAUGCCAUGAAGCUGCCCGACUAUGAAUACCACAAGCAGAUGUACUGGAGACACAGGGAACUGAUCAUGGGGGAUAGUGCUUGCUGCCCUCACAAACACAAGAGGCAACAUAAGGAAUCCUACUUAGACGGAGCCCCCAGGUCUCCCAUUAAUGACCCUACAGUCAAGUAUGAGACCCAACCCCAGUUUGUAUCGAGCACAGGGGGCACACUGCAUAUGUACCAGCUGGAGGGACUGAACUGGCUGCGAUUCUCAUGGGCGCAGGGCACUGAUACCAUCCUGGCAGAUGAGAUGGGACUUGGAAAGACGAUACAAACCAUCGUGUUUCUGAACUCCCUCUAUAAAGAGGGACACACGAGGGGACCGUUUCUUGUCAGCGCCCCUCUUUCCACCAUCAUUAACUGGGAGCGCGAGUUCCAAAUGUGGGCCCCCGAUUUCUACGUGGUGACGUACACCGGCGAUAAAGACAGUCGAGCGGUCAUCAGAGAGAACGAGUUUUCCUACCAGGACAAUGUCAUGAAAGGGGGGAAGAAAGCGUUUAAGAUGAAGGCUCAGGCCCAGGUGAAGUUUCAUGUUCUCCUCACCUCCUAUGAACUAGUCACCAUUGACCAGGCUGCUCUGGGAUCUAUUCGUUGGGCCUGCCUGGUGGUGGACGAAGCUCACCGACUGAAGAAUAACCAGUCCAAGUUUUUCCGGGUUUUAAAUGGAUACCAGAUCGAUUACAAACUGCUCCUAACAGGAACCCCCCUGCAGAAUAAUCUGGAAGAACUGUUCCAUCUGCUCAACUUCCUCACCCCUGUGAGAUUCAACAACCUGGAAGGGUUCCUGGAGGAAUUUGCAGACAUUUCCAAGGAAGACCAGAUCAAGAAACUGCACGACCUCUUGGGGCCUCACCUUUUGCGCCGGAUGAAGGCCGACGUGUUCAAGAACAUGCCGGCCAAAACGGAGCUGAUUGUUCGUGUAGAGCUCAGCCCAAUGCAGAAGAAAUACUAUAAAUUCAUCCUCACCCGUAACUUUGAUGCUUUGAACUCAAGGGGAGGAGGGAACCAAGUGUCUCUUCUAAACAUCAUGAUGGACCUGAAGAAAUGUUGUAACCACCCGUAUCUCUUCCCAGCGGCUUCAUUGGAGUCCCCAAUACUGCCCAGCGGUGCCUAUGAAGGAGGGUCGCUUGUUAAAGCUUCGGGGAAACUGCUCCUUUUACAGAAGAUGCUCCGGAAGCUGAACGAGCAGGGGCACCGCGUUCUGAUAUUCUCUCAGAUGACGAAGAUGCUGGAUCUCCUGGAGGACUUCCUGGAUUUUGAGGGCUAUAAAUAUGAGCGGAUAGACGGCGGCAUUACGGGUGCCUUGAGGCAGGAGGCUAUCGACCGAUUUAAUGCUCCAGGCGCUCCGCAGUUUUGUUUCCUCCUCUCCACCCGCGCUGGAGGACUCGGUAUUAACCUCGCUACGGCCGACACGGUUAUCAUAUAUGAUUCUGAUUGGAACCCCCAUAAUGACAUCCAGGCAUUCAGCCGUGCUCAUAGGAUUGGACAGGCCAACAAGGUGAUGAUUUACCGCUUUGUGACGCGGGCGUCGGUGGAAGAGCGGAUAACACAGGUGGCCAAAAGAAAGAUGAUGUUGACCCACUUGGUGGUGCGGCCGGGCCUGGGUUCCAAGGCAGGUUCCAUGUCCAAGCAGGAACUGGAUGAUAUCCUCAAAUUUGGAACGGAGGAGCUGUUUAAAGUUGAGAAUGAAGGUGAUAAUAAGGAAGAGGACAGCAGUGUGAUCCAUUAUGAUAACGGGGCAGUCGAACGGCUGCUGGACCGCAAUCAGGAUGUAACAGAGGACACGGAGGUUCAGAACAUGAACGAGUAUCUCAGCUCCUUUAAAGUGGCUCAGUAUGUCGUAAAGGAAGAGGAGAAGCUGGAAGAACUGGAAAGGGAGGUGAUUAAGCAGGAGGAGAAUGUGGAUCCCGACUAUUGGGAGAAGCUGCUGAGGCACCACUAUGAGCAGCAGCAGGAAGACCUGGCACGGAACCUCGGCAAGGGGAAGAGAGUGCGCAAGCAGGUCAACUACAAUGAUGCCGCACAGGAAGACCAGGACAACCAGUCUGAAUACUCCGUGGGCUCGGAGGAGGAGGAUGAAGAUUUUGACGAGAGGGCGGAAGGACGCAGGCAGUCUCGCCGCCAACUACGAAAUGAGAAGGACAAGCCUCUGCCACCUCUGCUGGCUCGGGUUGGUGGGAACAUAGAGGUCCUGGGGUUCAACACACGGCAGAGGAAGGCUUUCUUAAAUGCAGUGAUGCGCUGGGGGAUGCCACCACAGGAUGCCUUUUCUACUCACUGGCUAGUGAGGGAUCUGAGAGGCAAGUCGGAGAAGGAGUUCAAAGCGUACGUGUCUCUGUUUAUGAGACAUCUCUGUGAGCCUGGAGCCGACGGUUCAGAGACGUUUGCUGACGGUGUUCCCCGCGAAGGCCUCUCGCGACAGCAGGUUCUGACCCGCAUCGGCGUUAUGUCUUUGGUGAAGAAAAAGAUACAGGAGUUUGAGCAUAUAAACGGUCGAUGGAGCAUGCCGGAGCUGAUGCCAGACCCUAGCCUAGACUCCAAGCUCUCGUCUCGAGCCUCCUCUCCCACUGUAAAAACCUCCACCACCACUCCAGAGCAAAGCCUCACCAACACCCCAUGCACCUCCAAACCAGCUACACCUGCCCCCAGCGAGCGGGGUGAGAAUGGGGGAACCCCAGUGGAAAAAGGAGAAGCGGAAUGCAAGGAGGAGAAGGAAAGUGAUGUGAAGGGAACGGAGAAGAAAGAGAUUGAGCCUGAGCAAACAGCUACUGUGAGGACUCCCAGCCCCAAGGAUUCCGGGACCCCUGUGUGUAAUUCGGAGUCGGAGAAAAGCGGAGAGAAGCUGACAGAAACUCCUGAUGUUACUCCUGGGAAGGAGGAAGCGAAGGCAGAAUUAACUGCAGAGACAGUUGGCGACAAAACUGCAGCUGCUGCUCCUGAGCCUGAGAAACCAACAGAAGUUACAUCAGAAGCAGCACCGAGAGAGGAGGUGAAGCAGGAGCGAGAGGCAGUGAAAGACGGCAAGAUGAAUAUCCAGAAGGAAGAAGUGAGGAGCAGUAAUGGAAGGAGAGAAGAGAACAGACCAGAAAGAGCCAGAUUUAUGUUCAACAUUGCAGAUGGGGGGUUCACAGAGCUCCACACCUUGUGGCAGAACGAGGAAAGAGCCGCCGUCUGCUCCGGCCGAUUGAACGACAUCUGGCACCGCCGGCACGAUUACUGGUUAUUAGCCGGCAUUGUGAUACAUGGCUACGCUCGCUGGCAAGACAUUCAGAACGAUGCGCCAUUUGCCGUCAUUAAUGAACCCUUUAAAUCUGAGGCCAAUAAGGGAAAUUUCCUGGAGAUGAAGAACAAGUUCCUGGCACGACGAUUCAAGCUCCUGGAACAGGCUCUAGUGAUUGAGGAGCAGCUCCGGAGAGCAGCCUAUCUCAACAUGACCCAGGACCCUACCCACCCGGCCAUGGCCCUUAACGCUCGCUUCUCCGAGUUGGAAUGUCUCGCAGAGAGUCACCAGCACCUCUCCAAGGAGUCCAUUGCAGGGAACAAGCCAGCCAAUGCCGUGCUCCAUAAAGUGCUCAACCAAUUGGAGGAGCUGCUGAGUGAUAUGAAGGCGGACGUAACUCGCCUCCCCGCCUCCCUCGCACGUAUCCCGCCCAUCGCGGCAAGACUGCAGAUGUCAGAGCGCAGUAUCCUGAGCCGACUCGCAAGCAAGGGGAGCGAGAGCACAGCUCCUCCGGUGUUCCCUCCUGGCCCUUACACCACUCCUCCUAUGUUUGGGGCCACAUUCCCAAGCAACCCCCAGUCGGCAGCACUCUCGGGGACAAACUAUAAUCAGAUGCCUAUGGGCUCUUUCCUGUCUGUUUCUAAUGGGCCCCCUGUUCUUGUGAAAAAGGAACGAGAGAUGGAUUUGCUGGACAGAAAGGAAAGCAGAGGUGGAGAGGUGAUCUGUAUUGAUGACUGAAGCACUUACCCAGCCUGCCACUUGCUAAAUCAUUGGUUAAGCCUUGUACUGAGGGUGCAUCAGUGAACGAUGGAGAAAGACACAGGGACAAACAGGACUGUUGGAAUAUCUGUUUAGCGCUGAAGCUUUCAGUCUCACAGAGGGGAGCUAUAAAUCAGGCCCUUCUCCUGCUUGGUGACAUACAAGUGCAAUGAAUCUGUUCCUAACCCUCCCAGAGGGGGCUGAGCAGAGCGACACCUGAGUCUCCCUCUUCCCACUCCACCCCCUUUCCGGUGACCUCUGUUUCUGCUGACGUUGUAUACCAUGUAUAUAUUCACACACAUCGCUUCCCGUAUACCGAUGCCUGGCCUGCAACGCCUCAAGUGGUUCUGUCUUUCAUAUGGUCUGCUCCUUGCCCCGUGAUGUACAUAUAAAUUAUACUUUUUAUUUCUGUC